UUUAACAUAACGUAGUGUAACGCAGAAGCGUCAACGCAAUGAAUUUUUUCUGUUUGCAAGUGCAUUUUGAUUUGCCCAUUCAUCAAUACCUGUGAAAUCGUGAUGUUUCUAUAUACAUUACUCUAUCAUUCAUUGAUUAUUUGUUUGUUGCUGAACCACGAAUCUAUGGCACAGCGAUUUCUCACGGACAUUACUUGGGCUCACGCCGUUAAUAAUGCUACAUAUCUGAACGAUGUUCUGGAAGGAUCCGUGGAUUUUAUUGAAGCCGAUAUUUUGAUGGGACAUUUGGAAAAUGGAACAGAUUCUAUUCCCAUCAUGGCCCAUCCUCCACUCAAUCAGUCGGACUUGUCGCUUAGUGAUUUUUUAGUACGUGUUCAGGCGUAUAAUUUGCAGUCAAGAAAGAGUAAAGGAAUAAAAUUAGACUUCAAAUCUAUUGAAGCUUUAGAAAAAUCUGUGGAAAUCAUAAAGCAACACUACGAUAUAAAUACAUAUCAAACCUGGAUUAAUGCUGAUAUCAUACCGGGACCUGUUGACAGUGAAGUCAUUCCUGUUGACCCUUCGAGAUUUUUUUUGGCAGUAAAAGCACUGAAAUCUGUAGUGCUCUCUAUCGGUUGGACGACAAAAUGGGGUCAAGAUUAUCAGAUUGGUCAAUAUUCCAACAAAAAUGUUCAACAAAUGAUCGACGUACUAUUGGCAAAUGAGAUAGAUCGAGCUGGCACUACAUUGACUUUCCCUAUCAGAGCUGGCAUUGCCGCAUAUAGCUUCGAUCAGUUGUCCGCCUUGCAUCAAGAGCUCGACCCGACCAAUAAUGUAACAUUUACAAUAUGGUCUAGCGCUGAAGAUGCAGUAGAUGUAAAGAAACUAAGAGAACUCAUGUUUGGUAUUGGUUUAGACAAAAUUUAUCUAGAUGUUCCUGAAAAUCUGAAAAAGGAACUAAAUUUAACAAAUGAGUAAAACAAAUAAUCAAAUGUAGACUUUAAAAAAUAAAUCAUAGCAAGAUCUUAUUUUCGAAAAAAAUUUGCAGAUGUUAAUAAAAAAAACUUCCAAACAUUAAAAAUGGCUUUUAUCAGUGUAAGCAGACGAAUAUACGAAAAAGUUUUCAUGUAGUCCCAACAUAGUCUUUGCACUACUAGAGUAGGAAUGAAAAAUCAGUUAACAAACUAAUUUUACGGAGAACAGGUCGGUACGAAAUGAGGCGUGAGAUUUGGAAAU